CUCAAGGGGGAUGGACGUGUUGUCGUUUUAGUAUUUCACGCCGAAAUACGUUAUCGGAUUUAGGUGAUAGGAUGUCAUAGUGUUUGUGUUGUUUUUGUUUGUGUAUGUAUGUCUAUAGUGAUGUGUGUUGAAAGAUAUGUGUUUAGAAUUAUACUUGUAAUGAGUGUUUCUAUUGGAAAAGUUACAAAUGGAGGUUCCGAAGAAACGACGGAAAAAGAAACGCGGCCGGAGUACAUCCACCCAGACGGUCUACUUAACUUUGACCCCUACCUCUCAGAUUUCAAGCACGAUGUCGGAGAGGAUGAUUACAUCCCCAUACCUGAGAACGACGAAACGACAGACGGCCGACCCAUAUUCCUUCUAGAACCAAAAAACUCCUACGUGUUGCGUACAAAACCAGCGACCCUCCUGUGCAGGGCUGCCAACGCGCUCCAAGUCUACUUCAAAUGUAACGACGUUAGGGUCGAGAAAACAGUGCAAUUGGAACACGUGGACCCGCAUAAUGGAGUCAGGGUAGUCGAGGCUGAGUUAAAUGUGACGAGGAAUGAGAUUGACGAUUAUUUCGGCGGGAAAUUCGGGUGCGAGUGUUACGCGUGGAAUAGCAAAGGCAGGAUACGGAGCCAGGCUGCGUUUAUUGAGUAUGCCUACAUUAAGAAGCAAUUCGUGCAGUACCCCCAAUCACUGACCCUGGAAGCUGGCAGACAAGCCACCUUCCGCUGCAUUCCACCACCAGCCGCUCCUCCAGCCACUAUAAAGUGGAUGAGGAAUAACGUCCCGGUGGAUGCAACUGAUGAAAUGUUGGUACUGCCGAAGGUUAAAUUACAGGAUAUGGCGAACUACACAUGUAUAGCGGAAAACAUCGCCGGCCGAAGGGAGUCAGACACGGCUGUUUUGUCUGUCUACGUAAACGGAGGCUGGUCAGAAUGGUCUCCCUGGGUACCAUGUCGGUGUGGGGCCCAGAGCAGCGGCAGACGACGGACCAGGGUCUGUUCGGAGCCAGCACCGGCUAAUGGUGGAGCUCCAUGUAGAGGACCAGCUUCACAGAACGAUGAUGACUGUGUUAGGUGUCAGAAUGGAUCCUGGUCACCCUGGAGUGCCUGGUCCUCAUGUGGGGAGGAUUGUGUGCGAGUACGACGGAGACAAUGUAUCGGGUCCUGUACAGGGUCCACAUUGCAACACGCCGCGUGUGUGGAUGGGUUAUGUUCUAGUGGUAUACAUCUAUACAAGAACAACCUUACUCUCUAUGUGGGCAUCGGGAUCACGGUGGCCAUGUUAGCAGCGGGUGCCGUCAUUUUAUACGUAUGGUGUAAAUAUAGGAACAGGCCGGGAUACACAGCCGCAAGAACCGGUAUGCCCAAAACAUAUUCCCGAGAUAAAGGCAGUACGGGGCCGGACUUAACCCGCACUUGCAAUGAGUAUUGGAUGCAAGCUCCAGACAAUCAGUAUGAUAUGCCUCAAGUUAGGAACAGCUAUUCGUCCCCAUUCGGUAACCGAACCCACUCCAGUAACCACUACGAGAUGAAGCCCUACAGCCCCUCCGGGGAUUCCGCUUCCAGCUGCUAUACGAAUUCGCGAACAAUGACGUCACACUCGAGCGAAUGCUCGCAGCUCGCAGAAUUAGUGACGUCAUCACGCUCGCCGUCAAAGGUCGACGUCGCUGUCAGCUUGCCGCCCGGCGCUGAUACUUAUCGCGAUAGAAUAUGUCUGACUAUUGUUAAAUAAAUAAAAAUAAAAAAGUUUUUUUACAUUGUCUUUUUUUUCGAACGUUCAAAUGUUGUUGAAUUGUGUUUUUAGUAUGCCCGAUAAACAUGGUUCUGUUGAAAUUGUAUGGAAGUAGGUAUUUGUGUUUAAGAUUUCAGUUCUAGGAAAAAUUGAACGAAAAAUAGUGGUAAAUACUUUUUUGUAUAAAUAGCCAAUUGCUUCUUGUAAGUUUACCAACAAUGCGUGGUUCAAUAUUAAUAGAAAGUCACUUAACAAUUUAGUUUUUUUUUAUUUGCUUACAUUAUACAUUUAUAUGUUGUACGAAAAUGAAAUAGGUAAAUGGGUAGAUAGAGUACAACACAUUGAUAUACAGAGAUUAGAAUAUUUAAAAAAAUCAAAUUAUUAUUACCUAACUAUACAAAAUUCUUGGUCAGUCUUGAAUAUUGAUGUAAGCUUCUAAAAAACUGUUAAUAAAAUAAACUGAAAAAUAUGUUAAAAGUAUAAAUAAAUCGAAUGUCUAGAUUUUUAAGACGAAUUCGUUGUAAAUGGAUACACUUAAAAAUAUAGGUUGCAAAUGUACUGCCAAACUGCAUAUUAUUUAUUAGCCUUUUUCACUUCUGUGAACUUAAUGUGUUAGUAUGAAAGAGAAUAUUAAAUAAUUGUUCUGUUGAAUUUAAAUAGUGUAAUAAAAAUUAUCUUAUUGUAUAAUUUGCAUUUUAACAUCAACGUGGCAUUUAUAAAGAUUGUAACAUCCCAUCAAAAAAUCACAACAUUAAAUUUUAUUUACUAAUUUAUUGUUACUUAUAAACUAACUUUAUUAAAAUUGUUCUAGUUUUAAUUUGGGAUAAUUAAUUGAAUUGUAAAUUAAGACGCUUUUCGCUUAAUAUAAAAUUAAUGUUCUUCACGCAGUUAAUUUAUUUAAGACUGAAAAAAUGAGCUGAUGCCAAUUAAAUGUUUUGUCUUAUAUACAAAUAUUGUUCUUUGUAGUGAUUUUGUACAUAAUGUAUUUAAACCUGUGAUAUAUUUUAUAUGAAAUAAAUGUGUACAAAGAAAA